CACAGGAGGAAGAACAAAACAAGAUGGCGCCUGGCGGAGAAUACGUUGUUUUGGUUAUUAUGGUUUCUAGGUCUUAAUUACAACGUACAUGUGCACAUGUGUGUCGUUUAACAGAGUAAACGUCGUUAUUAAUUGUUUGUAUGCGGAUACAUUAGUCUGAGUGCACUUAUACGUGCUAGCCUAGCCUGCUGGUUAGCUUAGCUUGUUAGCUGCUAACAAAGAGAGGCGGAAGUGAUCGACACAUCAAAGCAGAGAUCCAAUGUGUGUUGACGCCACUCUCUGAGGAAAGUCAACGGCAGCUGCAUGGACGGCGCAAGCUCCGCUGAUCUCCGCAGACGUCUGUGAAGAACAUCUUCACCCUGAGCAACAGAACUGGAGCUUCAGGAUGCGGACGGAGGAGCCACAGCCCUCCCACAUUAAGAAGGAAGAGGAAUACCCACUGAUCCUCCAUUUUAAAAAGGAAGAGAAGGACCCACUGACACCCCGAUUUAAAGAGGAAGAAGUGGCUCCACUGACACCUGACGUUAAGGAUGAAGAGGAGGACCCACUGAGCCCUCACAUCAAAGAGGAAGAGGAGGAACACAGCAUCAGUCAGCAGGGAGAGCAUCUUGAAGGACUGGAGGAGGUUGAUGUCACCAAGAUGCCAGCGACUGGUGUCCCUGUGAAGAGUGAAGAUGAUGAGGUCAAAGGUGAGAGUGAGGAGAGGGGAGGGGGGGAGCCUCCAAGCAGCAGCUCAACUCAACACAUGACAACAGAAGCUGAUGGAGACCACUGUGGAGGAUCACAAGCAGACAAGCUCUUAGCUCCACUAUCAGAUAGUGAGGACACAACGUCACACUCUCCUGACACUGAUGAUGAAGACUCUAAAGAUGAUAAGACAUGUCACACUGACAACACACACUUCACAUGUUCUCUCUGUGACAAAACUUUUAAAUACCAUUGUCGUCUGGUAAGACACAUGAGUACACACACAGGAGAGAAACCUUUUUCCUGCUCAGAAUGUAGUAGAGAUUUUAGACUAAAACACAUGCUGAAAGAACACAUGAAAACACACACUGGAGUAAAACAUUUUUCAUGUUCAAUCUGCGGUAACGAGUUUACUCAAAGGUCCCAUUUCAAAGGACACAUGAGAAUGCACACUGGAGAAAAACAUUUUUCCUGCUCAGACUGUGGUAAAAGUUUUGAAAGAAAUCAAAGUUUAAAAGUACACAUGAGAACACACACUGGUGAAAAACCUUUUUCAUGUUCAAUCUGCGGUAAAGAUUUUAAUCGAAGGCACCAUCUCACAGCACACAUGAGAAUACACACUGGAGAAAAACCUUAUUCAUGUUUAAUAUGCAUUAAAGAUUUUACUCAAAGAUCCCAGUUCAAAACACACAUGAGAAUACACACUGGAGAAAAACCAUUUUCAUGUUCAAUCUGCGGUAAAGAUUUUAAUCAAAGAUCCCAUUUCAAAAUACACAUGAGAAUACACACUGGAGAAAAACCUUUUUCCUGCUCAGAAUGUGGUAAAAGCUUUGUAUUAAAUCAAAGAUUAAAAGUCCACAUGCGGACACACACUGGAGAAAAACCUUUUAUAUGUUCAGUAUGUGAUAAAAGUUAUACAGAAAGACACCAAUUAAAAUUACACAUGAAUACGCACUCUGGCGAAAAUUCAUACUCCUGUUCAAGCUGCCACAAAAGCUUUCGUAACCCAAAAUCUUUUAAAGUACAUGUGAGAACACACACAGGAGAGAAAAUGUUGAGUUGCAGUGUGUGUGGUGAAAGAUUCUCUUCUAAGUCCCAGUGUAAGAAACACAAGUGUGCUGGUGAGAACAGCAGCAGCAAAUGAAGAUGCAGGAUUUGAAAUAAACUGUCAAAACUUGAACUUUGACUUUCUAACAACAUCAGCACAUAUAACAUGUGUGACAUCAUUGUUGUGUGUGUAACACAAUCUUGUUAAUAUGAUUCUAACAUUUAUAGAUUAGACACUUCAGAUUAGUGCUUUUGUUUCAGUCAAGUACAUGAGUUAAUAUACACAUUUGUGUACUUUUUAAUAUGAACGGAACAAUUUGACUGAAAAGGUGAGAAUAAACAGUACAUAAAAUAUGUUACAUAGAAUUAACAUCAUUAGUGUUUAUAUAUGUGUUUUGAAAAAUGAAAUGUUGCAUAUUUUAUUUUCUAAUUGUAGAUGAUUCCAUAGAUGAACUCCUUUAUAUGAUGUACAUAUUUGUUUUACAUGUGUUCAUACCUUUGCGUUUGAGUACACAUAAAUCCCUCUUAGUUCAUAUUUACUGGUUCACAUCUGAAAUAUAUUCUGGACCACUUCUGGAAGCAUAUUAUUAUUUACUUUAUACAUCAUUUGAGCAGUUGUCUUUUAUACAAUUUUAAAAUGUGUGACUUUAAGAAUCAUUUGUUGGGUCUCUAUAAUCCAUUCUAUGAAUUGUCUUUAUUACUCUCUUGUGUAAUAUGAAUAUUGUAGUGUGAUUGUUUUAUAUGUAUGUCCCCAGACUUUUAUGCAAUAAACAAUGUAUGCUUCAACUAAA